UGUUUUCUGCUCCUAAAGAUAAGAAGAGCUGUGUACUUUCUCAUUGUUAGUUCCUCUGUUCAAAGAUUCAAAAGUGCAAUACCAUUCCAAGAAUUUUCUCACUAUUAAUCUAUCCAUCAUUUUCUUUCUUCAUUGGUCAAAGCAGGAUUUUCUGUUGCUUGUGGUGUUGAUUACUCGUAGAUUUUCUUGUUAUUGGUGCUUAGAUUAAAAAAGAAUUUGAUGGUUUCUAAAUGGGAUGAUUAUUUCUUUGGCAUGUUCCUUUUCUAAAUUUCUUAUGAUUUUACUCUUUCAUCAGCAAGCCAUUGCUUAAUGCCCUUUUAAAUGAAUUUUUCUAGUUUUUUCUUCAUAAAUUUCUGGUUUUGUUUCAUCCAUUGUAUUAUUUUCUUCUGUGCCCAAUUUGCUAUGUCACUUGUUUCUUCACAGAGGGUAUAUCAUUUUUUCUUUUUUGUUCUUCAGUACUUAUUGGUUCUGUUUAGAUCUGCAUUGUCAUAGAUUGUACCGUUUUAUUCUCUGAAUGAAAAACCAAUUUUAUCUGUUUAGUAUUACUGUUGUCUGCCUUAUCAUAUUUUGCUUCCUACAAUGGCAUGCAUGUUUGAACUUUUGUAAUUUGAGCUGUUCUUUCACUAAUUUAGGGUUGUUAUUUAUUAUUUUUUGGGUUUCAAACACUGCAUUGCUUGGUCUCUGUCAACUUGAAGUAUUAUUUGUUUUUUCCAUUUGGAGAUGUUGCUUGUUUUUUUUUUUUUUUCCUCCUACAGUUCUUAUUGUUGUUCUUUAGAAAGGAGCCUAGGUGCAACAGUAGAGUUGUUGCCGUGUGACCUGGAGGUCAUGGGUUUGAGGCAUGGAAACGGCCUCUUGCAAAUUUGCAAGGUAAAGCUGCAUGCUAUAGACCGAUUGUGAUCCGCUCCUUUCCCGGACCCCGCAUAUGCGGGAGCUUUGUGCACCGGGCUGCCUUCUUUUAUUGGUGUUCUUUAGAUGUGAUGGAUUUCUCACAUAUGUUAUCUGAAUAGAAAGCCAAUUUCUCUAUUUAAUUUAUUUCAGUGAUAGGCAUUGUGAUAUUUUGUUUUGCUCAUGGAUUUCUUUGCUUGUAGCAUGCUAUCCUGUUCCUAUGUAGGUUGUACCCUGAGCAAUGGAAUUACAAAAAGGCACCACGGCUAUGUAUGGAGGAAAUCUACUUUGCAAAAGCACAUUCCUUUCGGUGCUUGUAAAUUUGAUCCUCAACCAGCUGGAUUAGCUGUCACCAACUUAGAAGAGAGAGAAAAACCUGAAAUCAAAGAAGAAGAGAGACCAAGGUUUAAAUGGACAGAGAUUGGCCCUGAAAUGACAGAAGACCAAAAGUUGGCCAUAUCUCAACUCCCACCCAAGAUGACCAAAAGAUGCAAGGCCCUUUUGAGACAGAUUUUUUGCUUCUCUCCUCGAAAAACUAGUCUAUUUGAUUUGUUGGCUGCUUGGGUGAGGAUAAUGAAGCCCAGGAGGGCUGACUGGCUUGUGGUUCUCAAACAUUUGAGGAGUUUGGACCAUCCACUGCUCCUUGAGGUGGCGGAAGUUGCCCUCCUGGAAGAAUCUUUUGAAGCUAAUGUUCGUGACUACACAAAGCUAAUUGAUUCUUAUGGAAGACAAAAUCGACUGCAAGAUGCCGAAAACACCCUAUUAGCUAUGAAGAGAAGAGGCGUCACCUGUGAUCAGGUUAUUUUAACUACUCUGGUUCACAUGUACAGUAAGGCUGGCAAUCUUAAGCUGGCUGAAGAAACAUUUGAAGAGAUGAAGCUGCUUGGUCAGCCGUUGGAUAGAAGAUCAUAUGGCUCUAUUAUUAUGGCCUACAUUAGAGCUGGAUUACCUGACCGAGGAGAGAGUAUGCUCAGAGAAAUGGAAGCACAAGAAAUCUAUGCUGGAAGAGAAGUUUACAAAGCGCUGUUAAGAGCAUACUCCAUGAUUGGUGAUGCCAAGGGAGCUCAGAGAGUUUUUGAUGCAAUUCAAUUUGCUGGUAUAUCUCCCAAUGCUAAGCUGUGUGCCCUCCUCAUAAAUGCUUAUAGAGUAGCAGGUCAAAGUCAAGAGGCACAUAUUGCUUUCAAGAAUAUGAGAAGGGCUGGUCUUAGACCUAACGAUAAAUGCAUAGCCCUGAUGUUGGCUGUAUACGAGAAAGAGAACAAGCUUAACAUGGCAUUAGACUUUCUGGUAGGUUUGGAAAGAGAUGGUAUUUUGGUCAGUAAAGAAGCUUCAGAAAUACUGGCCAGAUGGUUUCGACGACUUGGGUUGGUCGAAGAGGUGGAUCUUGUGCUGAGAGAGUAUGCUGCUAAGGGAACAGAAUGGGAAGCCCCUGCAUUCUAGCUUUGGUCUCAAGCUCGUGUUGUUGCGUCUCCACAGGCCACGGCUCCACUCUCAAAUCAAAUCUUCUGGUGAGAUGUCCAGUCUGCGCCCGAAAUGACCAAAUAGAUCUACACGUUUAAUCAUCUAAUUGUGCUCAGUUUUUGAUGUAUGACUCCUUGUAGUGUGGAUCAUGUAAUGAUUUGUAAUUUCAUUUUUUUUGUUCCCAUUCCCCAGCAUGUCCAAGUUUGAAUAACCAGCUCUUCUGUGCGUGCAGGAUGUGAAGAGCCACCAUAAAGAGGAACCUUGCACAAGGGAUAUGUAAGAUUGUAAAUCGAUGUCAUGAUUAUUGUCCUUGUGAAAGCUGAUUCAAUAGGCGUUUUAACCCCAAGUGUUGGGAUGGCCAAGCUUGAUAGCUUGGGUUUUCGAUUAACAGUGGCUGCUGUUGGCUAGAUAGUGAGGUGAAAAAAAAAGAAAAAAAAAGGUUCAUUUUAUGUAGUAUUCCCUCUAUGUCAAAUACUCAUGAAUAAAAAUUUGUUCAAAUAUAAUUAAAAGUUUAGAAAAAUUUAAAGUCAAUAAA